AUGGCGACCGUCAUUUUGGCUCCUGAAAUUAUCCAUAACAUCAUUUACUUCCUCAUUCAUGACUAUGUUGUCCUUCUCGAUGACGACUCCUGGGGUCUCAUCCCGGGCUAUGGUCGAUAUGCCGCGGUCAGCCGCUUCUGGCAAGACGAAAUUGAACGCGAGACUUUCGCCUCGUUGCGUCUUGAUUUGGAUCGACUGUUGCAGGCCAACUUUAUUGUCACCCAUCGUCGGCGUCGUCUCGUCCGGACCAUUAAACUUGAUGUCGCACUGCCCAUGCCUGGACCUGUGGAAAGCCCCGAAACAGACGAAGAGAAGCUACGAAACAACCGAAGACUACAAGUCACGUUUGAAGCAUUUAUGCGAUUCAUGAGUCCAUGGCAACCGUACGAUGUACGUCAUGGAGGUGUUAAGCUAUAUGUUGAUACAUCUAUACCAGACGAUGCUUUCAGCUGGCGACCCAUCACUCCCCAAUCGCGGAAAAGACGAGCGAAACUAGAGCGAAGGCGUGCCUCAUCAUUGGUAGAGUUGACAAAUCCCUCUCGCAUUUCAGAAUACCCACCAAUUUUGGCUAUCACGGAGUAUAAGGGGAAUAGUUCAGACCUGAACAUUCACAUCUCUGCAGUGGCCACCUGCGUUUUACUGGCAAAGCUGCCUGCAGCGAAGGUGGCAUUUAUUGACUGGUGGAGGUGUAACCACUUUUCAAGGAUUCGGUCAGAUCUUGCCGCUGCCAUAUCUCAAAUCAAGUAUCCCAUAGAUCAUUUGAGCAUAUCGGACAGUAGUCUUACGUACGGUGAUUGGUUUCCGUUCAGUCCACCGCCUGCUUCAACAAUACAAGAAGUGGAUGAGCUUUCCAUAUCUAUACGAAACAUGUCACAGCGCCUCAAGAGGCUCGAUAUAUAUGAUAUUUCAAUUAGCAAUGAGCUAUUCUUUCCAAAAACUCCAUCCAUAGACAUGAUGCCGAUAUGGGACGGAUUGGUUAUGAUCAGCUUACACUAUCUACCAAUCACCCAUUCAGGUGAAUGGCUUUUCUUACCCGACCCGGAUGCAUCCAGCUCCUCUGAGGAAGAGCCUGACAGCGACGAUUCGUCAUCUUGGGACGGCUGGCCGAGCGAAGAGUCACAGCCAAAACCCAGCAUUGCAGCGCCGGCCAUGCAGCAAUUUUAUCUCGCUGCAGCACACGCGGCUCUACAGAUGCCGGCACUGAAGCAUAUGAAGCUCAUAGCACUGCUCGAGAAUGGCAUAUGCUGGCAUAAGUUCUGGUAUUACAGCGAAGAAAUGAUGGCGAGAGCUCUCUGGACGAGUAGCUCAGGAUUCGUCCCCGAUGAGGAAGUGUUGGACCGUUGGCGUAUGGUACCAAGGAAGCACAUCGAGAUAGACCUUGAGGUGGAGAUUUCAGAAGAUGAGAAUGCCUUGGAAAGUUUAGAUGAUGAGAAUGACAUAUAG